UAAUUGAUUUUUCAUGCUUGUAUAUUUUUUACAUUUUGCAAUAAUUUCAUUUUGUUUAAUGUUGUACACUGCUUUCUACACAAAAUCUCUAAUAGAAAUAGAUAGAUGGAUAGGUAAACUUGCUGUUGUGACCGGUGCCUCUGCUGGCAUUGGUGAAGCAAUUGUUAAAAAGUUGGUUGGUCAUGGAAUGAAAGUGGUUGGUUGUGCAAGAAAUGAGGAAAAACUGAAACAAAUUGCAUCGGAAAUCAACGGAAAGUGUCAAGGGGAAAUGUUCCCUUUUAAAUGUGAUGUAAAAGAAAUAUCGCAAAUUCAAGACAUGUUUAAAUUUGUAAAAGAGAAAUUCGGGACCACACAUGUGAUGAUCAAUAAUGCUGGUAUCGCAUUUGAUAUUUCACUAAUUUCAACCAAACCUGAGGAAAUGAAAGCAACACUUGAUGUUAAUGUGCUUGCUACAACGGUUUGCAUGCGAGAGGCUGUGCAGAUUAUGCAAGGCAGUGGUGUAGACAACGGCCAUGUGGUCAAUAUGUGCAGUUUGGCUGGUCACAAGACAGGUUACAUUGCAAUGUAUACGGGGACAAAAUACGCAAUUCGAGCCAUUACUGAAUGCAUGAGAAUGGAGCUUCGACAAGCCAAGUCCCAUAUAAGGUUUACCUCAGUUUCACCUGGAUAUGUGGAGACAUCCUUUGCACCAACAAUGUACUCCAAUGAGCCUGGUAGAGCAGACGCUCUGUACAACAGUAUGAAGUGUUUACAACCCAACGAUAUUGCCGAUGGAAUAAUAUAUGCUUUAUCUGCACCACCACAUGUGGAUGUGAAUGAAAUAAUAUUGCGUCCAGUUGAACAACAAUUUUAGUCCAAAACUGUA